AUGUCUAUGGACGGCGAUCUCAUCGCCAUCGUUAACAAGCUACAGGAUACGUUCAACAAUAUUGGAGGUGAUGCCGUAGACUUGCCUCAAAUCGUGGUCGUUGGAUCACAGUCAUCUGGGAAAUCCUCAGUCCUAGAGACCAUAGUGGGACGAGACUUUCUGCCUCGAGGAUCAGGCAUCGUCACUCGACGUCCGCUCGUCCUCCAGCUCAUACACACUCCUUCAAAUCCGUCUUCCCGUCUUCAGCCAUCUUCCACUUCCACAUUCCGCCGCAGUCCUCGUAUGGGAAACUCUUUACCCCCUCAGCCUGACGAUGGAUACUUACCCAACCUCGACAACUCUCCUUCGGCAGGCGGUUCUGGAGGUGCAGGUAUCAUGCGACCUGGUGGCAAGACCAUGGGCGGUAGUACUGGUGCAGAGUAUGCUGAAUUCCUGCACAUUAACAAGAGAUUCACGGAUUUCGACGAAAUUAGGAAGGAGAUUGAAGCGGAGACUUACCGUGUAGCUGGGCAGAACAAAGGUGUCUCCAAGCUUCCGAUCAACCUCAAAAUUUACGGGCCUGGAGUGUUGAAUCUCACCCUUGUGGAUUUGCCUGGUUUGACAAAGGUGCCAGUGGGGGACCAACCUACGGAUAUUGAGCGCCAGAUCAAGUCUCUGGUGGUCGACUACAUCUCGAAGCCAAAUUCAGUCAUCCUUGCCGUAUCACCCGCCAAUGUGGACCUUGCCAAUUCGGACGCACUCAAGGUCGCUAGGUCUGUCGAUCCACGAGGUCUCCGAACUCUUGGGGUGUUGACCAAGCUGGAUCUCAUGGAUGCUGGGACUAACGCUAUUGAUGUCCUGACUGGCAGGACAUACCCGUUGAAACUUGGUUUCGUUGGAGUUGUCAACCGCAGUCAGCAGGAUAUCAAUGUGGACCUACCAAUGGAGGAUGCAAGGAGGAAGGAGGAAGAGUUUUUCAAGAAUCAUCCCGUGUACAAGAACAUGUCUUACCGAUGCGGCACGAAGUUCCUGGCCAAGACGCUCAACAACGUGCUCAUGAAUCAUAUCCGGGAGAAACUUCCAGAUAUGAAGGCUCGCUUGAACACUCUGAUGGGUCAAACUCAGCAGGAGCUCAACGCUUUUGGGGAUGCGACCUUCCUCGGCGAGCAACACCGAGGUUCACUCAUUUUGAAACUCAUGACCGAAUUCUCUAAAGACUUCGUGUCCUCCAUCGAGGGAACGUCUCUCGAGAUCUCUACGAAAGAGCUUUGUGGAGGAGCCCGAGUGUAUUACAUCUUCAACGACGUCUUUGGCACCGCACUGCAAAAGAUCGAUCCCACUCAAAAUCUGACGCUCAUGGAUAUUCGUACGGCCAUCCGGAAUUCGACAGGACCUCGACCGAGCUUGUUCGUGCCUGAAGUCGCUUUCGAUCUAUUGGUCAAGCCGCAAAUCAAGCUCCUUGAGCCUCCCAGUCUGAGAUGUGUGGAGCUGGUGUACGAGGAACUCAUGAAAAUCUGUCACAAUUGUACCAGUCCAGAGCUCCAGCGAUUCCCUAGAUUAGGCAGUCAGCUCGUCGAAGUCGUCUCUGAGCUCCUGAGAGAGCGUCUUGGACCCACUUCGGAAUACGUAUCCAGCUUGAUCCAAAUCCAGGCAGCGUACAUCAACACGAAUCAUCCAGACUUCCAAGCUGGGUCCGCCGCUAUCGCUCGAGAGGGCGCUCCUUCGUCAGCACCCUUGAAGAAGAUUCCCUCUCACCACAACAGUGCACCGGAAAACAACGAUGAUUCAUCCAGCUCGUCUGAUGGAGCUCAGUCAGUCCCGAACGGCUACAUACUAGGACAUCACCCGCGCUCGGCCUCCGCAUCCGUACCCGACGGUCGUCGACCAAAAGUCAAGAAGGACAUGGCGGCGAGCCAUGACGAGAAGGCCCUGCUGAACGAGAAAUCCAGACAUCAUAGGACAUCAUCGGCGUAUCAACAGUCAUCAGAUCACCUCCUGCCUCCUACCAUCAAUGCACCACCCGGCGGACCCCAUUCUGCCAAAGAGACAUUCUUGAACUACUUCUUUGGUGGACCAAAUGGUGUUCCUACGAUUUCGUCAGAUUCUGAAGCUACCAUGUCCCGUCCCAGUGAAGGUCGAUCCGAGAGAAAAGCACUCAAGCCCCCUCCAAGCUCCUUCAACCGAGACGUUCUGCCCGAUCUGGGAACCAGGCGUCGGGGAGGCAGUAAGGAUGGUAUGGCUGCUUUCGAUAUGAAGUCUUUGGGCAAACACAUCGAGCAGAACACUGCAGAUCAACCUCUCAAUCUGACUCCCAGGGAAGAAAUGGAGACUACUUUGAUACGCUCCCUGAUUGCAAGCUACUUCAACAUUGUGCGACAGUCAAUUCAAGAUCUCGUGCCAAAAGCUAUUAUGCACUUGCUGGUGAACUUUUCCCGAGACUCGGUUCAGCAGAGAUUAGUCACUUCAUUGUACAAGCCUGACCUCUUUGCGGAGCUUCUGUUCGAAGACGAAGCUUUGGUGACCGAGAGAGCCCGAGUCAAGGCUCUUCUGGACGCUUACAAGGAGGGCUUCCGGGUCCUGAGCGAGGUAUCUCUCAAAUCGACUUAG